GCUCCUUAACUUUGUCAACGUCAAAAUGACAAUCCGAGAAAAAUGCAUUAAAAUAUUUGCAAAAUAUUCCAGUAAAAAUUUAAUAAAACCAGUUUUUAGUGCAUUGUGGCCAUAGAUUAAACGAAUUUCGCGUGUAAAACCUCUUAAAAAACACUUUAACCAGACAGACCACCAAAAAACAAAGGCAAAGAAGAAGGCGAAGGCUAAAACUGCUGGAGCGUCAUGGCUCAUGUACCAAAAACGCUGUCAUUGAAAUUAAAAAUACCGAGUCGCAUACAGCCCGAAGUUAAUCCAGCACCUGGUCGUGUGGGUCAGUAUACGAACAAAUUGCAUUAUUUCAAGAAACACCUGUUGGACGAGGUAUGCAAGAAGAAGUUUGCUUUGGAUUUUAUGGAACCUGUCGAUACGGAGGUAUUGCAGGUGCCAACCUAUUAUACCAUCAUUGAACGUCCCAUGGACUUGGGGACCAUUACGAAACGUGUACAAAACAAUUACUAUAAUAGUGUGGAUGAGGCUGUAGCGGAUUUUCGUUUGGUAUUGCGCAAUUGUUUCACAUUUAAUCGUCCUGGCGAUGUUGUCCAUCGAAAGGGUAAAAUGCUGGAGAAAUUCUUUUAUAAGAAAAUCAAAAGUUUACCCAAAGGUGCGGAGAUUCUGUGCAAAAAAGAUCCCAAGGCGGUGAGUAAAGCAAAGUUAAAUGGACCAAAGACAAUGGCCACAUUGGCCAACACGGAGCGUCAGUGUCGGGAGCAGUUGAAGAAAUUGCAGAAUUUUACCAAUCAAGCGGAUACAAAUGCCCGAAAUUUCUUUAGCAACAAAUGGGAAUCUCUGUUCAAGAAGGUGGACCGACAUUAUUUCAAAUCGUACGAAGAGUUUCGUCAUCAUGUGGAUGGCAUAUUCAGAAAGUAUCAUGAUCCAGCCAAAAUGAUUUACGAACGGACAUUUGGAAUGCCUCAGCCUGGUGGUGAAUCUCUAUUUGGUGGUGCUUUGACUAAAGGUGAUCUCGGGGAAUUAUUGCAAGCAACAAAUGAAGCGGAGAAUGGGCUCUAUAAUGGCAGUCGGCCCAAGGAUGUUAUAGAAACCUUUCGAGGCACAAUCGAUCGAUUAAAACAAAAAUUAGAAGCGGAUUCGAAGGAUUUUCAAACAUCGACAACGGUUGAACCUUGGCCUGUGGCCGGUGAACACAAUCAGAAACCCGAGGAAUUGGUACGCGUUGAGGUGAACGAGGCACACUUGAUGGUAACCCCCAGCGAGUUGCAAUCCUUGGUGACGGUGGAUUUGCCUAAUAGCUCCGAUGAGGAUAGCACUGAGAAAUCCAAGAACGCGGCCGUCAGUGAUAUGGAACGACGUACAAUACAGAAACUUUUUGCCCGGCUACCACCGCAUUCGAUGCGUGAGAUAGUGCAUCUUGUGCAGCAAACUGAAGGCCUGGAAACUGAUAAUUCUGAGCAAGUGAGCUUUGAUGUCAAGUCGUUUGGGACCGAUAUUUUGUUCUUGAUGAAAAAAGCCGUGGUCAAGGCCAUGCGAGCGCAUAGUAAAGUAAAUCUCAAGGAUAUGCAUCCAGUGGAAAAGGAGGGUCUUCAACGUAACUUGGAAAGUCAAUUGGAUAGCAUUACACGUAUGUUGAAUAACAGUCGUCGUCGUAAUCCUUGUUUCACAGCCAAAUCGAUGGCGGCGGCAGCAACAUCGGGGACAGUAAAAAGACGAGGAGUCGGACGACCAGCACGUCAACCUGCGAAUCCUGCCCCAAGAUUGCCUAUACAACAAUCCAGCCGUCUUAGCGAUACCAGUGAUGAUGAUAAUGAGACAAAUCAAUCAAUGAAUCCCAGAAUAAGUCCACAAAGAAAUCAACUUAAGCUACCAUUGAAGCGUCCCCAUGUGAAGGCUAGUCCACCACAGAAACAGAAAAGGAUAUGCCCGGGUGGGGAUAAGCCCAGAGAUCCCAAUAAACCGCCACGCAGCCAUUUAAGUGAAUCUAGUAGCAGUAGCUCAAGUAGCAGCUCUUCCAGUAGUGGUUCUAGCAGCAGCGGCGACAGCAGCAGCAGCAGCUCAUCCUCAUCUGGCAGUGAUUCCUCCAGUGAUGACACCCCCUCUUAGAAAAUAAACAAAUGCAUGUCCCGCAGCAUCUCUCUAUCUAUGUUGUCUUUGCAAUGAUCACGUAGACGGAGUCGUUCGAAAGAAAAUAUAUGCAAAUUAUGUAAUGGUUCUCACGAUCAGUCAGUCAGAGGAUGUACCUGACACCCAGAACCAAAAAAGGAAGAUCCAUAAUGCGAAAGUAGUUUUCCCAACACACACACACACACACACACACACAUGUAAAACAAAUUUGCAUAAUUUAUGAGGAAAACGAGCAAAACCGAAUUUUCACUUGGCGAAAAAGAAAAAGGGUAAGAUCAGAGAUCAGAGUCUUAGACUAAUUUGCAUAAGAAACCAAAAAGGACCCUUGGUCCUUGGGCUUGCCAAAAAAAAAACAACAACCAUAGAAUG